AUGAAUCCGGGCGCUCAGUCUUUUGGCGAGCGCAGAGGGCAUCGGCUCGCCCCGCUGCAGACCAAUUUUAGCCGUCCAACGGCUUCGAAAUCCCAGUCGCAACGGCCGCGGCCGACGGAAUACCCCAGUACCAAUGGUUCAGAAGGCCCAGUUCCGCUCCAAAGUCCGGUCACGGUAAAACGGCAAUCCUCCAAAACAAGUCUGCGCAAUCUUUUUGGGCGCGACAAAACUUCGCGCGUCCCCGAGCCGAAACUGGAGGAAAUAUACGAGUCCCUACCUGAACCGCAGACGGCCAUCUUUACUGAAAUGCCAAUGUCGCCGUCGCUGAUGAGUCCCCGUACGAUUGACUCGGCCCCGACGAUUACCUCCCCGACCACCGCCCAGCGUCCUCGCGCAACGUUGAAGACCGCCCGUCCGAUACCGCUGGAGGGAAAGCUAUCCGCGCAGGAUCAAUAUGGUUGGAAACCGCCCCCGUUGUUCCAAGCUUACCCCCAAUCUACCAAGCAUGACUGCCUCUCCGCACCUGCGCUCUCCGCCGACUCGAUCUUGCGCCUACACGCCAUACGGGCAAAAAACUCGAUCGAUGGAGCUACCGUCAAUGCCCUGGAACAGGAUGAGGCUGCCAAUGCGGCUCGCAAGAGACGCGAACAAAAAGAGAGAAAGCAUCUGAGGACACUUUCUGGCACCAUCAACAAGGUGGAAUGGACGCAGAAGAUAUAUGUGCUGGCUACGGCGGGUUAUAUCCUGCAGUAUGCAGGAGAUGGAAAGCACGAUCGCUUGCCGGAGAAAAUGUUGCUCUUGGGACCCAAGUCUGUCGCAUUUGCCAGUGAUGCCAUUCCGGGGAAACAUUGGGUUCUUCAGGUGUCUCAUAACCCUUCAACAGACCCAGAUUCCAGCGUGCCCGAGCGUCCUAAACCUCGGUUCUCGCGCUUUGGCUUUCCUCGUUCCAAUACCCGGCGCUUUGCGGGUAGCUUUCUCCUCAUCUUUGAUAAUCCCGAUGCGAUGAUCGCUUGGUUGACAGCAGUGAGGGAGGAGAUUGAGAAACGGGGAGGACCGAAGCUCACACAGGAGAAACACUCGGAGGAUGAAAUGCCCCAAUUGCGGUCUAAGUCGAGUAUCAGACAGAUGGUGAAGAAGGAUCCCCAUCGUAUUUCCAGUCUGUUCCUUCAGCCCCAGACUCUCCAAUCUCCAACCGAGGAGGAUGAUGGGCUGUCUGUUGGUGGCACAACUUGGCAAUCCCGCCGCAGCUCUUACGUAUCAGUCAAUCGCCGAUCUGUCAUUGAAUCUCGAUCUGGGUCGGUGUCGACUAGUCGAACUGAAGCUACGAAUCCUACGAAUGGGUCCGGACUUUCGUCUGUUUCUGACGUACGUUCCUCGUCAUUUACUUCUUCGAACGUACCCAACUCGCCGGUGAACGGUGCUUUCAUGUCUGAUGAGCCUCUGCCUGAAGUGGCUGAUCGCACUCUUACGCGCAGUCCGCCUUCUUCGAGUCAUGGAGUUCGACAGUCUGUCUAUAUGUCUCCGAUCCCUCCACCUCUACCCAUAACCGACGUGAUGGAGCAAGCCCCUUCGCCACCUGUGCCUGAGACCCUCAUCCGGAGUGCAUCACCCCCAGCGCCGAAUUUCAGUGUUCCCUUGUUUAGCAAGAAAUUCGUCCCCAGAGGUGGACCGGUACCAAUUUCGCAUGCUUCCCCUCCCGUAUCAAGCAACGCGUUCUCUCGUCGAGUUGACUUAGCCGAUCCGAAUAUGUCUACAUUCUCUUCUCCGCCGCAAUCUCCUACAUUUAGCGUUGCCAGUUCGCGCCAAACGGACUCAUCCGAGCCUCGGCGUAUUCUGCGUGUUUCCAACUCGGAGGAUGCAUUGGCAAGAACGGUGCGCUCUACCCAGAACGGCACCAUCUUUUCCCGCAUGCCUCGAGCACCACCUCCGACAGGACCACUACCAGACCCGACUUCUUCCUCUCGCCCUACGAGCAUAGUUGGCCGUCCCGGAAUGAGGAUUCAAGAUACCAGCGAGCCGCAGGUUCCAACUGCUCCCCCGGCAGAUCCAGCACCACGCAACAGAGUUUCGACCGUUUAUCCUGAUAAUCAUCCUUUGAACAUGUCUCGCCGUAAGAGCAUGCCAGGUCUGGGCCUGUCAAUUGGACCUCCCGCUGCACCACCUCCCAACUGCCCACUUCCGAAGCUUCCCUCACUCACGAAUCCCGCUGGCACUGCCACUGCAACUCCCGCUCCAGCUCCUGCUGUGACUCCGUCUCCACAUAUGUUGUCGCCCUUGUCUCCGACUUCUCCAAUGGAACGGUUUUACGGAUCCCAGCCUGUGCGAGACCAUGUCGAGGAUCGUCGAGUAAGCGGUAACAAGCCUGGUACCACAGCAGCCCAUGCAAAGCCACUUGCAAAAGCUCAGCAUUCGAAACUGGUUAAAGGACCACCAGUAUAA